UCAAGCGUGGAGUCUUCAAAGUUUUCUACAGCAACGUCUAAGCACGUAACUAAUUGCUGCAAGGCCAAGGCAUUGAAGGAAGUCACCCAACGUGAGUUCCUGUCAAAAACUUGAUCGCCUUCGAGUUAGCUGUUUCAAAUAAAUGAUUUGAAACAUUGAAGUUAUACCAGUGAAACAAGAAAAGCUGCUGUUGCUUUGCAUUUUCGCCUUAGCCAUGUGGCUUCCCCUUCUCUUAUUGCUCUCUUUGUUGCUGCUAAUUAUAAAGAAGAUACAGAUUAGAAAAAAGGGUAAACUUCCUCCAGGCCCUCCUAAGCUUCCCAUUUUGGGUAACUUGCAUCAACUUGGUGCAUUGCCACAUCGCUCUACAUGGAAGCUUUCAAAGAAACACGGUCCUAUAAUGCUUCUCCAACUUGGUGCUAUACCGACCAUCAUAGUAUCCUCGGCUGAGACUGCAAGAGAGGUCUUAAAAACUCAUGAUCUUGACUGUUGCAGUAGACCUCCCUUAGCUGUCCCCAAAAGACUUUCUUACAAUUUUCUAGACAUUGGUUUCGUACCGUAUGGAUAUUACUGGAGGGAGAUGCGCAAAAUCUGUGUUACUGAGCUUUUCAGCAUGAAGAGGGUACAAUCUUUUCAAUCUGUCAGGGAAGACGAGGUGACUUUCCUAAUCAAUUCAAUCUCGGAAUCAGCUAAUUCAGGAAGUCUGGUAAAUCUUAGCAAAGAGUUCUUUUCGCUCCAUGCUAGCAUAACCUUUAGGAUUGCUUUCGGGAAGAUUUUUCAGGGGAGUGAACUUGAUAAUGAUAAGUUACAAAAAGUGGUCAACGAGGCCAAGUCUAUGUUGGGAGCCUUCUGUGCAUCAGAUUUUCUCCCAUAUUUUGGUUGGAUGAUUGACUGGCUUACUGGUUUUCAUAGAAGGCUUGAGAGUAGCUUUAAUGAGCUGGAUGAUUUCUUCCAGAAGGUUAUCGAUGAUCAUCUCAAUUCAGGAAGGACCAUGCAGGAGCAUGAAGACAUAGUCGAUGUGCUACUGAGAAUGGAGAGAGAUCAAACCGAAAAUAGUGCUAUUCAAAUUACAAAAGAUCAUAUAAAGGCAAUUCUUAUGGACAUUUUCCUAGCUGGAAUAGACACUGGUGCACUCACCAUGAUCUGGGCCAUGACAGAGCUGGCCAGGAAGCCAACAGUCAUGAAAAAAGCACAAUAUGAAAUUAGACGUUGCGUGGGGAAGAAAGGAAAGGUAACAGAUAAUGAUGUUAAUCAGCUUCUAUACCUUCAGAUGAUAAUUAAGGAGACUUUAAGAUUGCAUCCCCCAGCUGUACUUCUACUUCCAAGGGAAACUGUGUCCCAAUUUAAGAUUGGAGAUUAUGAUGUUUACCCCAAAACUAGAAUUGCAGUCAACGUUUGGGCGAUAGGACGAGAUCCUGAUAUUUGGAAGAACCCUGAAGAAUUCCUUCCAGAGAGGUUUAAUAAUAAUCCGAUUGAUUUCAAGGGUCAACAUUUUGAGUUAUUGCCAUUUGGUGCUGGUCGAAGGAUUUGCCCUGGAAUGAACAUGGGAACGGCACUAAUAGAGUUGGCACUUGCAAAUCUCCUUUACCAUUUUGACUGGAAAUUACCUAGUGGGGGGGAGAUUGAUAUGGAGGAGGAGGUAACUAUAACAGUCGGUAAGAAAUCAGCUCUUAACCUCAUGCCAAUCAACUAUAUUUCGGAAGAUGACAAGAUACAAGGCGUUGCUGCAAUACAAAUUGGAAACUUUUAAGACCUGUCUAGUAGAAGUGUGUAUGGGAAAUUAGUAAGCAAUGGACCAUCUAUAAGUGUAUUUGUAUCAAAAUAAAUGGAUAAAAGCAGCAUCCAUAUAUAUAUAUAUAUAUAUAUAUAUAUGCACUUUACGUGAU